UAAAGUACAGUACAUUGUUUUCUCAUGUGAUAUCAAAUGUCACUUGCAGUAUUAGGCAUUUCCAAAGACCACAAUAUAUUGACUCAACAGUCAAUCUGGUAUUUUGACAGAAAAAAAACUGAAACAGGAAGUAUUCGUGUAGCCAGCUGAUGGUAAUUGUAGUUGAAUGAGAAGAGCUCACUGUGGCAGUGAAAGACGGACGCGCUGAGACAGAGAGAGCAAUUCGCCGUGGAACUGUUUUAAUUUAAAACUAUUUAUGCCACGACAAGAGAAAUAGCUUACACUGACAGAAAGCAUAGGAAUAUAGUGGACUGGAGAAGCACACUCCUGGUCCUUUAAAAAAAAUCUUUAAUAAAAGUGUCAAUCCAAGCGACCCGAUAGCUUUCACACAAGGGCGUGUGUGGGUCUCGGGGAGCACUGGCUCGCUUUUUAUCCCUUGCAUGUUGUUACUGUAUAUAUUUGAUAUUUUUGCAUCACUUGGGUCCGGAGGAUUUGCUUGAGGAUGGGGUGUACCCUGAGCACGGACGAUAAGGCGGCGGUGGAGCGCAGUAAAAUGAUCGACAGGAAUUUGCGGGACGACGGGGAGAAAGCCGCAAGAGAGGUCAAGCUACUGCUCCUCGGUGCUGGUGAGUCGGGGAAGAGCACAAUAGUCAAGCAGAUGAAGAUCAUCCACGAGGCAGGCUACUCGGAGGAGGAGUGUAAACAGUACAGGGCUGUGGUCUACAGCAACACCAUCCAGUCCAUCAUCGCUGUCAUCAGAGCCAUGGGACGACUCAAGAUCAACUUUGGAGACGCCGCCAGAGCCGAUGAUGCGAGACAGCUGUUUGUGCUGGCGGGGUCGGCAGAGGAAGGCUUCAUGACGGCGGAGCUGGCCGGGGUCAUCAAGCGCCUGUGGAAGGACGGAGGAGUACAGGCCUGCUUCAGCCGCUCACGAGAGUACCAGCUCAACGACUCUGCAGCAUAUUACUUAAACGAUUUGGACAGGAUAUCCAAAGCCACCUAUAUCCCGACCCAGCAGGAUGUCCUGAGGACCAGAGUCAAAACCACAGGCAUUGUGGAGACACAUUUCACCUUCAAGGACCUCCACUUUAAGAUGUUUGAUGUUGGAGGUCAGAGGUCAGAGAGGAAGAAGUGGAUCCACUGCUUCGAGGGUGUCACUGCCAUCAUCUUCUGUGUGGCGCUCAGCGACUAUGACCUGGUGCUGGCUGAGGAUGAGGAGAUGAACCGGAUGCAUGAGAGCAUGAAGCUGUUUGACUCCAUCUGCAACAACAAGUGGUUCACAGACACCUCCAUCAUCCUCUUCCUUAACAAGAAAGACCUGUUCGAGGAGAAGAUCAAAAAGAGUCCUCUAACUAUCUGUUACCCAGAAUACGCAGGCUCCAACACAUACGAGGAAGCUGCGGCCUACAUCCAGUGUCAGUUUGAGGACCUGAACAAGAGGAAGGACACCAAGGAGAUCUACACCCACUUCACCUGCGCCACCGACACCAAGAACGUGCAGUUUGUCUUCGACGCCGUCACUGACGUCAUCAUCAAGAACAACCUGAAGGACUGUGGACUCUUCUAAGACCUGGAUUUGAUCGAUGGAAGUUUUCUGGCGGUGAAAAGACAGCAUAAUGUGCAUUUUCGGGGAGAAGAUCAGGAGAAUCUGAGUGGGGAGAAUCAAUUAUGGACCAUUGCUGUACUAUAUUCCACUUUUAAUGGAUUUAUUUAUGUUUUUGUCUUAACAUUUUGAAUUUGCAUUUAAACAUUUGUGUUUGAUGUUUAUCAUUGUAAAAUCAUUUUCACACUUAUUUUAUGGAAGAAGAAGCUUGUUUUAUUUAGUUUGUUCCUUUUUUAUGCCCUCUGGAAAAGGAAGCUUGGCUUUUGGUGGAAAUACUCCUUUUCUCCCUCCCCAAUUGUUAGGGGAAAAGGAUUUGAUUUGAGCUCAGUUUGUUGAUACUGUGCCUUUGCAUGUCCUUUUCUCUGCGGUCACUGACCAAAAUGCUAGUUUUUUUGCCUGCUAAAAUUGUUGCAACAUAAAAGGUGAAACGUUUCCUGAGGGAUAUUAACAAUCUUUUGUGCACAUUCCCAACCAAUUUAGUGGCGGAAUUUCCCGUGGUCCAAAGGUGUGUGUGUGUGUGUGUGUCUCUCGAUGGUGACCAACACAGCCCCGCCCACAGGCUGUCCCAUACUGACAAAGGGAUGUGGUUUUUAACAGUACACCAAAUCCAAUGUGUAUCCAAUAUGAACCCUAGCUAGGUCAAGAAGCUUACGUUAUGCUGUGGAAUUAAAGAACAGCUAAACCGGAGUCAUAUUUUACUGUAUAUUUUAAGAUUUAUUUAAGGAGAUUUCGGGGACUUGGUCUCUGCGAUCACUGCAGAAUCACAAUUGUAAAGCAAAGUAAAAAUGGAUGGGGAACAAACACAUGGUUAUGGUCUGUAACCAGCCACAGCUGUUUGUGGGUUCUCCAACAGACGGGGAGCCUUUGUACACUCAUUCCCUUAUUUUGCUAAUAAAACCCUUUACAAACCA